GCCCGAGGUUCUCUUCUGAAAACUUGGUCCAGAUAAACCAGUUGCAGAUGAUGUUAUAACCAACAACAUUCGACUCCAAAGCAAACCCUAAAACAGCUGUGCGUCUCAUCUGUAUUUCAAAUAUUUUCAUCAUCAUCAGAGUGGAAGUGAAGCCAUGAAUCUUCAUUAACAGAGUGCAGUUCUUGUGCUGCUACUUUCUUGGGCCGCGGUGCCUGAAGAUCCACUUCUGUUUAACAGAACAUUAUCAAUGUGUCCUUUUGAGCCAUUGUGAGUCCGGAGGAGCCAGUGUACGUUCCUCAUCUCACUCUUAAACGAAUAUAAAGCUUCUUGCCGCAAUAAUAUUGGGCCUCUUCAGAUCAAACCGAUGAAAUCAUAGCCGUUUUUUUUGCUGUUGUACAUUGAAUGCGCCAUGAAUGCCAUUUUUGCCUGUGUUUCUGCAGGACAUUGUUUGUUGUCAUGAGUCCAUCUCCAUACUGGACCCCAUUUUAAAAACUAGUUUACUACUACUGCUACUACUACUACUACUACUACUACUACUAGAAGUGAUCCUCGUGCAUUUUUAGGCCUGAUGUACCACUUUCGACAGCUUAUAGACCGCUGCGGCUUAUGUAUGAACCAAAUUUUCUAUCUUAAAUUUAGUGGGCGUGGUUUAUAUUUUGGUGCAAUCAAGUCCAGAAUUUACGGUAAAUAUUAAUCUGAUGAUGUUAUUUUUUUAGUUUUUUUAAACCAACAAUGUUUAGAACCGAAUUGAACAUUGAAGCCGUCUAGAAUUUAAUUGUUUUUUUAUGAGAAUGAUGUAACCAAAAAAGUCAUGUCUGUCUCCACACAUAUUGCAGCUUUUGAAAAAAGAAGAAAAAGAUUUUCUGCCAAUAUUUCAUGAUAGUAUUUGUGAUGGUGUCCAAUUUUAAGGGUGUCCCAAAGCUUUGUUCUGUCACUGUAUUGUGACAGUUGGGGAAUACUGCCGAGCUGCGUGUCACUGUUGGUCUCAGUGUUGUGACUGUGUGUGAGCCAACACCAUUCUUCAAUCAUGGAGGUUGUUGCUGUGUUUUAAGAGCUGAGGUCACAGAGCGUUUCGGCUAAAUGUUUGGGUGGGAAAGCCACUUCACUGCCUUUCAAUAGUACAUGCCAAAAGAGAAACCGCUCUGAUGCUCUGGAGGUGUGACACAUCACAGCAGUGUGUCUAGCAAAUGUUUCUCUCUGUUGUUGAGAGUUGUAGCAGGAAGAUGUGAGCAAAGUUACCUGUGAAACACGUGAGGCAUUGUGAGUGUGUGAAUGGUCCCAAACUCCUGCUGUUGUGUCGCUCCCCACUUUAUUACAGGGAAAACAUGCAGCAGCCUGCUUGUUAUUCCUGUCGCUCUGGCGGAAACAUGAGCACUGAUUUGGUGGAAGUGGCCAGGUGUGAUGCUCGUAGGUGCGAGUGAGACACAAACAGCUUGGAUGACAAAUUCAAGUGUGGACGUUUGUAAGAUGGUGUUUAUCAAACUGUUAUAUUGGAUUCAGCCGCUUUGGGAAUAAGACGGAGAGAUGGAGCCGGUUGGGUGAUUACCACCGCAACUUGAGGCGGCGCUCCACAAACCUGCUGCCUGCAACGGCAAGGUCGACCCUUUUCAUCGCAGGAGUACUGUGGGCUUUUAUUUUUUACACAAUGCUCGUGACGGUCACGUCACCGGAACGUCUCUGGACUUUCCGUCUUCGUGAUGCAAUUUGCACUCAACUCAGACUCUGCAGCGUGAAACACAGUAAACUGUAAUUGGCCUCCAGUAACUGAAAGCAAGACAAAUGCAGCUCUUUUUUCCAUUUCUCAUGCAAGACCCACGAGUUUUGAUCGGCCCAGGACACGGACUGUGCUCGACCGUUUGGUACCUGAGGCUGGCACCCCGAUCUAGAGCACGUCAGGAGGAAAUUCACUCGAGCCUCUUCUUCAAUCUUUCACCAGGCUUUGAGGCUUCAUCUAAAUUGAUGCAGCACUGAAACAAGGCUUGGCCCUUUUCUGCGCUAAACAGUGGAUGUGUAGGUGUUUCUCCUUUAGCGUGUCAUUCCAGAGAUCCUUGUUCUUCUGUGUUUCUUGGCUCUACUGGAAAUGCUACAAACUGCUGGUUGCCAAGGCAACUGCAUCACCGGCUACUGGGUCACCUGUAUGUUGCUAUGGGAACUGAAUUGCGAGUGACACCUCCUGUAACUCUCUUCUUAAGAACAGGAACUGGCUACCUCGGUGGACCAGUCGACACUCGUGUGAAAAUGCAGAAGCCUGUUGCUGCAACCAAAUGCUCUUUCGUUCUUGAGCAAUGAAUGAAUGUUCAUGCUAAAGCCACCGUCGUGGGUGUUGGGUUUGCGCUCACAGUGGAUGAAUUAUUGUCAAGAAAGUUCCGUCGCUGAAGCUGGGGAACAGUGGAAUAGGAUUAUAUUUCUGGAGUGUUUUGGUGCAGAGGCUGUCAGGCAGAAGUGAAAAGAAAGAAUUAUUCCCACAAGACUCAGGAGCAACACUGUGACGCAGCAGGAGGGAGAAUCCAACUUCUCUGCUCUGAGUCCAGUCAUAUGUCAGGCUAAUUAGAGUCGUCUGUGACGCUCUCUCUCUCUCUCUGUCUGUGUGUGUGUGUGUGUGUGUGUGUGUGUGUGUGUGUGUGUGUGUGUGUGUGUGUGUGUGUGUGUUGGUUUUUGUGGUUUAUGAGGACUUUUGGCCUGACUUUUCACCUACAGCACGGGGACCCAGGUGAUCUACAGGGACUUACCCAAAGUCCCUGUAAAUCGAGCAAUGUAUUCAUGCUCAGGAGGCUCUAAAAUACCCCCUCUCUCUUUUUUAGCCAAAGACCCUAUAGGUCACUUCACCUGUUUUUUUGUGUAUAAUUGUGUAUGUCACUGCGCCCCUGGUUACUCUUGUGGUACUGCACCUUCAUACACAUUUCUGAUACACACGGUUGAAAAUGGCGGGCCUUUUUCUGAUUGGUUCAUGAAAAAGUGGGCGGGCUGAGGAUUUAGGGGGACGUAUACACGCGCCCCUUUAACUGCCUGGAAGCACGUGACAGCUGGAGGAGACCGUCUCUCAAUCAGGUAAGACCGUAUUUAUUGACGUUCAUUAAGGCUGUCUGACCUGGCGAACACUGUGAUAGCCUCUCAGUGCAUUUAUGACUUUUACCACAGUUCAUUGAAGAAACCACGCGGUGCGGCGCAUUUUUAGAUUAGAUUAGAUGAGUUUAGAUGCGGGUGCAAAUACGCAUGUGCGAUGCUCUCGUUUCGACGUUAUUAAAUGGCGACUCAUGUCGCUGCAUUAGGGCUUUCAAUUAACGACUGAAUACCGUCAGAGUGGAGCGUCUCACUGAACAGAACGGACUUCACGGCGGUUGACGAUGAAUAAUACGAAGUACAUGACACGCGGUUAGUUUUGUUGGAUCUCCUGACGGGAAUCCACGUCAGAACCGAGAAUCCCAUCGGCAGUGAAUGCGGGGAACGGCGCACGCGCGCUGAUGCGCAUCGUUUAUGUUUCAAAGUUAAACUCGAUUGAAAAUCUUUGAACGAUGUUUAGAAAUUUCGCCGGAAGUUCUUUCACUUUCUCGACGUAUUUCUUGUAUGUACGAUCAUCUCAACUGUAACUCAACUUGAUUACUGUGAGAAGUAAUCAAGUUGAGUGUGAACUGUGAGAAGUGAUAACUGAUAAAUAAAUAAUAAAUAAUCAUAAAUAAUGACCGUUGAUUUGGUCUGACUUCCUGGGAAGGUUUCAGAGCAGCUAAUGAACGUAGCUUUUCAAAAUAACGGGAAAAGAACAAGUCAUGGAGCAAAUGACUGCUCAUACUAUUUUAGGUUAUUAAUACGGGGCUGUUGUUCAGCUUGUUUUCAAUCAAGUGUAGCUGAUACACUCAUAAUGCAUGUCCAAAAGAACAGAUGAAGUCUUGUCCUCUCUUUCAGGCAUAUUCCACGUAAGAAAAAAAGAAGAAUCAGGAAAAUCAAAUGAGUCCUGUCGACAACCCACCGAGACAGCAGUGUGACGUGCAUCAGGUGGUCUGUGCCACUGUAUCCAGUCUGGAGAAGUGUGCUGCCUGUGUGGGGCCUGUUGCAGCCUUCAAGUGGCAGGGAUACAAAUGCAAAACUUGUUUAAACGUCUGGCAUAAAAUAUGCCUCAGACGAACAAAGACAGACUUCGUCCAUGUGUCAGAGGUACAGUUUGAUGAUGGUUCUGUAGAUGAGCAGUUGCCAGGCAAUGGACCACAACAAAACAUAUCUGAGGAUGACACCAGUCAGUCUGAUGCAGACUUUGUGCCAGACUCUGCGGAAGAAUCUGAAGAUGACAUUCCAGUCAUUUCUCCAGCAAAGAAAUUUAAAAAAGCAUUUGCAGAACUAGUUAAUGACCUCAUCAGAACAGAUGAGAGCACCUCAGAUAGGCCCGGGUCCUCUAAAGAUCUGUUGCCUCCUGAAGACCCUGACAGUCCACCACCGAGACCAAACCUGAGUGAAGAAGUGAGUGGAGCAGAGCAUCAAGUGGAAGAAACGACUGCAGCGACGCUAAGUUCUAAAAACUCCUGCUUCAUUUGUGGAAAGUCUGUGAGAAAGAUGGCCCGUCAUCUGCAAACCCACUCAAGCAACUUAGAAGUUUCACAUGCUUUUUCAUUUCCCCCACACUCAAAAGAACGUAAAAAAGUAUUGGACAUGUUGAGGAACAGGGGCAACUUCCAACACAACACAGAGGUUCUACAAACUGGGAAGGGAGAGCUGAAAAUCAAAAGAAAGCCAGAUGGUGACCCAGUGAGAGAAAAAUUUAUCCACUGCAUCUAUUGCCAAGGCAUGUUUGUUCGGAAACAUCUGUGGAGACAUGUAAAGCGAUGUGCCCGUAAGCCAGAGGAUGAAGAACAACGGCCUGGGAGAAGACGAGUACUCGGUACUGCUGCCUCGCUGGAGUCUGCAUCCCAGCAACAGGUCUCCACUGGAGUAUGGAAGCUGUUAACUGCCAUGAACCAGGAUGAGGUCGCCUCAGUUGUGCGUAACGACUUGACCAUCGUUCAGUUCGCACAAUCCCUGGUCAACAAACAUGGACAAGACGCAACAAAAAAUGAAUACAUGAGGCAAAAACUCAGAGAAGUUGGCCGUCUGCUGCUGUGCCUACAGAAGGACUUCUCGGUGGCAAACAUGGAGGACGCCGUAAAACCACCAAACUUCCCAAAGGUUCUCAACGCAGUGAAAAAAGUCUCUGGGUAUCAGGAGCAAAACAACACAUACAGCACACCGAGUCUUGCGUUAAAAUUAGGACACACACUACACAAAAUUGCAGAUAUUGUUCAUUGCAGGGCUCUUGUGGCAGAAGACGAAGCGCUAAUGAAGUCCACCGAUAUGUUCAAGAAGCUGUACACCUCAAAGUGGUCUGAGGUCAUCUCACAUGGGGCCUUGACUACUUUAAGUGAUGCCAAGUACAAUAAGCCCUCCACUUUGCCCUUCACAGAAGAUGUCAAGUUGCUUCAUGGCUACUUGGAAAGGAAUGUGUCAACUGGUGUCAGUAAACUGAAAGAGGUGGCCUCCUGCCAGCACUACAGUGCACUUGCACAGAUCUUGCUGGCCCAAAUCAUCGUCUUCAACCGAAGACGUGCAGGGGAGGUCUCAAAGAUGCUGGUGGAGAGUUUUGAGAGUCGGGAUGAUCAUGAACUGCAUGAGGAUGUGGCACUGGGUUUGUCCAAGCUUGAACAGAGGCUCUGUAGCUACUUCUCCAGAGUGGAGAUCAAAGGGAAACGGGGUCGAAAGGUGGCAGUCCUCCUGACACCAAAAAUGGUUGAUGGCCUUUCUCUGCUUGUGAGCAAACGAGUAGAGUGCCACGUUUGUGCCUCAAAUGCAUUUCUGUUUGCCCGACCGAAAGCCAUGAGCCACUACCGUGGGCAAGAUGCACUCCGUGUUUGUGCUAAUCUAUGUGGCGCGAAGCACCCAGAGCACCUGAGAUCGACUCAGCUCAGGAAGCAUGUGGCGACACUCUCUCAAGUGCUCAACUUGAAGCACAACGAACUGGAUCAAGUUGCCGAUUUCCUGGGUCAUGACAUCCGUGUGCACCGUGACUUCUACAGGCUGCCCGUGCCGACAACUCAGCUGGCCAAGAUUUCCAAGUUGCUGCUCACUCUAGAGAAGGGAACGCUGUUCAAGAUUCAAGGCAAGAGUUUGGAUGACAUUGAAAUCCAAGAUGAACUAGACACCAGUGACACCGAGGAGAUGGACGGUGGCAGUGACUCUGGUGAUGAGGCAGAAGUGUCCGGUUCAGGAAGCAGCACCAGCAAAUGCAUGGAUGCUGCGCCAGAGUGUUCAGCCACAGAACAAGUUGGCGACACAGAGGACUUCAAUGAAGCACUGGCUCCAGUGACAUCCAGUGUACAAGGGCCAACCCCUGUGUGUGGAGAACCCGACUCUGCUGCGGAACCAGACUCCGCUCAAACAAGGUCCAGACGGGUGAAGAAGAAGCCCUGGUCAAAGACUGAGGUGGCAGCAGUCAUGCGUCACUUCAAGAAACACAUUGAAGCCGGGAAACUGGCCGGUAAAGAUGAAUGCAGCCAGUGCAAACUGGCAGAGGCCCCACUGUUGGACCACCGGUCGGUUCAAAACAUCCGGGACUUCGUGAGAAACAGAGGGGUGACUGCAAAGAGGCAGGCCAAGAAAAAAUAACACCUUCAUUGGAUAUGUUCAUGCACUUACCUGCUUUGGGUUUUGUUCUUAGGACCAGUUCAAGGUCAUAAGUGGCUGCAGGUUUUCGUUCCAACCCAUCAAGCACACACAAGUGAACCGAUCAGGCUGAUGACAGUCCUCUGACACCUGACAGGUGAAGCCAUGUGUGCCAGGUGAGUUGGAACAAAAACCUGCAGCCCUUCAGGACCAGUUUGGACUCCCCUCUCAUAAGCUGUGUUGUAAGCACUCAUACACUCAUACAUCAAUGUUCUGCUCACAAUCACAUGACAGGACUGGAAUGUGAUGGUGAGGACAUGGAUCUGUGUUCGCUGUUCAGUUCCAGCCCCGAUGCUGCAUUAAAACAAAUGUUCCUCUAAGUCCUUAACUUGUGUGUAUUUUAUGUAAAUUAGAGGCGGGGUUUAGUUGAACUUUAAAGUCCUCAUAUUGCUGUUUAGGGUCCCCCUAAUGUACGUCCUCUAAAGCCACAACCCCAUCAGGUGGCUGUGUAUCAGCCUGUGAAGAGUGUAUCCGAACACCAGUGGGAGCAGAAUUUUUGUUAGAUUUUUAGAAGCUGUUCUGUCAUUGGCUGAGAGCUGUAGCACCUCAGGAAAGGGUAGUCCCCUUAAACCACCACUGGGCCUGUUUGGAGAAAAUGUCCUUCUGAAUCACAAAAACGCGCGUGUGUGUGUGUGUGUGUGUGUGUGUGUGUGUGUGUGUGUGUGUGUGUGUGUGUGUGUGUGUGUGUGUGUGUGUGUGUGUGUGUGUGUGUGUGUGUGUGUGUGUGUGUGUGUGUGUGUGUGUGUGUGUGUGUGUGUGUGUGUGUGUGUGUGUGUGUGUGUGUGUGUGUGGUGUAGGUCUAUCUUUGUGAAGACCUGCAUGAGUUUCUAAUCACAGGACAUUUUGGCAGGUCCUCACUUUGUUAAGCCUCAUUUUGAGGGUUAUAACUACAAACACCCUGGUUAUUAUAAUCAGGUUUUAGUUUGGUUCAGAGUAAAGGUUAAGUUUAGCUAUUUGUUUUAGAUGGUUUAGGGAGAGAGGCUGGGGAAAGGGGUAUGCCAAUGACGGUCCUCACUAAGAUAGGAAGACAAACAUGGGUGGGUGUGUGUGUGUUCUGCUGCUGAUGUGAUGAUGCUGGCACUGGCAGGAAGUGGGUGAUCAGACAGGAGAGAAGCACCAUGAAACACUCUUCACCUUCUUCAGUAGCCUGAAUGAAAAACAUGCAUUUGUCUUUCUUGAGCACAUGUUUAUCUUCAUAUUUGGUACAUCUUGAUCUGACUCUGCCAUGAAGUGGCUCAUCUAUUUGAGGUGUGUUCGUUCCCUCUCGUGGUCUGCGCUUCUUUGUUGUACUUUUUGAACUGCUGAUGAAAUAACCUCAGUUUCCAGACCACAUGAGCAUGAAACCAUCUCUGAGGAUGGUUGAACCAAAAGUGUGAAGGGCCUUCAUGCAACGCUAUUGCCCCUCUGAUCUUCAGUAUUUUCUACAGAAGUGAUUGUUUUGUCUCAGCUGCUAAAGGGCGCCCCAAUGUGAUUUCUUUGGUUGAUUUAUUCUGCUUUAUUCUUAAUCUCACACCCCUGUAGAGCAGCUAGGAAUUUGACGUAAUGUGACUGAUAAAUUGUUUUCAUCCCAUGGAAGAGGGACGUGUGUUUAAGGAUUUGGCGAGACUACUACUCAGGCUGAGCCCGUCUUUUGGAAAAACAUUUACCACGGUGAAGCAUCUGCAUGUAGCUGUGCCUCAGCUCAAGCCUCUGUUGACACUGAGUGUGGGACGCUUGUGUUGUCCACCGUGUAGGUGUGUCCAUCAGAACCUCCCAUUCUGAGUCACAACAGCAGGGACAGCUGCUUGUUAGGGAUGUUCCAAAAACCAGUGAUGGUACGGAAGAACAGUCGCUCGCUCUCAAACUGAGACAGAGGUGAAUAA